CCUAAUUUAUUUUUGAGGCCGUUACUCCCCUCCGCAUUCUACUCCCCCCGGCAUUCUCUAUAAAUAAACCCUAAUCUCGCUUCCUAAGUUAUUUCAUCUUCCUUCCUCCUGUUUCUCAUCUGCCCUCCCUUGUUUCCGUCUCUCAACUGGGUCUCCCAUCUGCCCUCUGUUUUCCGUCUAGGUCUGGAUAUUGGCCCUCAGUCCGGAACGCAACCUGCUCACGAGAUCGGCUCUCAUUGCCGAAGAUUCCCAGCUUACGAGAUCGGUCCUCGAUACUAUACGGAAGACUCUCAUCGCCUCUUCCUUCCUCCCGUCUACCCUCUGCCCUCUGGCUUCCAUCUCUCAACCGGCUCACGAUAUUGGCCCUCCAUGCGGAACUCAACCCGCUCACGAGAUCCGUUGUUGUUGCCGAAGAUUCCCGACUCACGAGAUCGGUCAUCGAUACGAUACGGAACUUCAUUUAUGCGAAAAGAGUUCGUGGGAGUAAACUUCAUAACAAAGUCAGGACCUGGCUUCGUUAGGAAUGCAUUUGUAAGGUCGCUGAAAGCACUGAAGCAAGCUUUUAUGCAAUCCUUCUUUAAUAGGCAGGACAAAAUUUAUGGAAUAUGCAGGUUCGUGGGAGUAAACUUCAUAAGUCAGCUUAAUUCUGCAUCCUGUGUGGUUCUGUUGGUGGACCCAAGCUAGAAAUCUUGCUCCUGUAGCGUGGAGGAGCAGACGGUUGCUAGCCACUGGCCAGGGUGUGCUCAUCCCUCUCCGGUUGAACGGUGUCAUUAACGUUCUUAUUUUAUAUUUCUAGUCCGUAAUUCUCCUUUCUGCUUUCUCCAUCAGCCGACCCUAAUGUCACUUUCCUAAGUUAUUUCUUUCUACUUUUUCUCCCUUCUCCUAUAUGUGACUCUCUUUUAAGUACAGUCAGAAUGCUUUUGAAACAAUCCAGAUCAACCAAACUUUGGUUUUCUUCACCGGAUUUGGAUACAUUAAUCAUGUUGCAUAUGUAAGAGUUUGAUGUAAUAUUUGAAAUAGUUGGUUGAUUUAGUAGUAUGCUGUGAUUUAUUACAAAGGGAUAAAUGAGAUUCAUGAUUUCUAAUCAAUGGGCCGUACUUUCUUUGACAUGAGUAUAGUGAAUCACCUGUUAGUGUUUCAAUGACAUUAAAUAAGUAGAAUUAUUGCUAAGAAUACUAAGGGGUUGUUUGGCAAAAGGAUUUAACAGGAUUUAAGCUGGAUUUAAGCAAAAUAUUGCCAAAUGAGAUUUGAGUGCCUGCUAAAUCUCACGGUGGAAUAAAUCGUCUGUCUCCCCCUUUGGACUAUAAAGGGUUGUUUGGUAUCGCAUUUAUAGCUGGAUUUAAGCAGGAUUUUUGCUAAAUCCUGCCAAACGAUUUUUGUGUGCGCGUUAAAUCCCGACGAUCGGUAAAUCCCGAAUGUAAGGAUUUACGUCAUAAAUAUGGGAUUAACUAAAUCCCUCGGUUUAGUGGAUUGUGUUAUUUAUAGUUCACAGAAGUGUUACCCGCGACGCCUGUGUCAUGAAGCUUUGCGUUCGCCCUUAUUUGCCAAAACGAAUGUAGGCAUCGCUCCAGCCCGCCGCCUCAUCCUCUUUAAGUCAUCUUCCUCUCCGGUGUGCUGGUAUGUCUUUGUUCGCACUCGUGAACUGGUUGCUCUCGACACACAAGUAACUUUUUUCUGCUUUGGAUAGCCUGCAUACAUCGUAUGCCUGUUUUCGUCCUUUUUUUCUGUAAUGAAUCCCGUAUGGUGUAGAUAGAAGAUUGAUUUUUGUGCGAAUUUUUUCAUUUUUUCGUUAUGUACGCAUGUGUGUGUUUUCUUAAUUUUUGGCUUUUUAAUUAUACAUUGCUCGAUUUAUACAUUUAAUUCUUAAAUAAUGCGACUAUCAUAAUAUUGCUCGGUUAAUGUGUUUAGAGAAAUUGACAAGUAGAGGUACUCAGCUAAGCAAAUAAUCAUGCUUAUGUCGUCGUAGGUCUUAGAUUGGUAAGUUAAUUAUUUUCAUAAUAAGUCAUGUCUUAUUGUCUAAUUUAAUUUGUGGGU